CCGCGUUGUUCUAGUCUCUUUGCUACCGGCAGCAAUGUCGAGACACCACCGGCCGGCCAGCGGGUGUUGUCACGGCCGGUAAGUGCUCAGCACUCACUCUCCCGCAUUCCAAACCUUCGGAGCGGGUUCACAUGAACUUUCAGCGCUGAAGUAGGCCUUUGAAGCAUGUACAUAUAUUGCUGAUGGCAUAUGCAGAAAAAUAUCGUUACUUGUUUGAAACCCCUACUCCAUAAGCUUGCAAUACCGAGUUCUCUGUCUCUUUGCUCUCGUAUCGUUGACUCCGCCCACCAUGGCCAACUCAAAGGCAGCAAAAUUCUCAGUCCUCUUCGUUGGCGCGGGAAACAUUACUUUCGGCAACGACAAUGUGCUGUGGAACCACUCACUGCGCGUCGAGCGCUAUCUUGGAUCUAGCCUGGAGGUGGUUGGAAUAGUUGACCCUUCCAUCGAUCGUGUCAAACACGUACUCGCCCAGAAGAAGGCCUCCUCGGCUGCUGCAGCUUAUGCCAAAACUGAACAUUUCCUGGACGUGGCCAGCGCAGAGAAGGCCUUGAGAGCUGCCGAAAAACUUCCCAAACUCAUCAUUCUUGGUACGCCUCCUCACUUCAGAGGAACAAUGCUUGAACAACGUGACCUGGAGUCGCAGAUUAUCGCGUCCUUUGGCUCAGCACCAGCUCUUUUUUGCGAGAAGCCGGUCUCAACCGCAAGACCACACGAGUCCUACCCGGUGGCUCAAAUCCUCAAGGAUUCCGGCAACACUGUUUCAGUAGGAUACAUGCUCCGAUAUCUGCAUGUUGUCCAGAAGGCCAUGUCCAUUAUUCGCGAAAACAACGUGCAAAUUAUGUCCGUGAAUGCUCGUUAUACGUGCGCCUACUCCAAGAUCCGUAAAAUCGACUGGUGGAACAAAGCAAAACAAUGCGGGCCAGUCGUCGAGCAAGCCACCCACUUUUGCGAUCUUUGUCGCUACAUUGGCGGUGAGGUUAAUCUUGAAUCCGUGAAAGCUAUUGCUUUGGAACAUGACGAGCCAGCCGGAAAAUUAUCUCAUAUGGCCAUCGACGAGUCUCAGAUCGAUAGCUCCGACAGGAUACCAAGGGUAACGUCGGCUUUCUGGAAAUAUGAAAAGGGCGCAAUUGGUUCUCUCACACAUAUCAUUGCACUUCAUGGAAUCAAGUAUUCAAAUGAAAUUGUUGUGUCUGGUGAUGGCUAUCAGCUGCGACUGGUUGACUUAUACGGAACACCUACGCUUCAUGUCCGUACCCCUGCGUCGGAAAAAGAAGAAACUUUCACGUUUCCCAACGAUGAUCCAUUUUAUUCCGAGCUAGCAGCUCUUCUCGAAUCAUUGGGAGCAGACUGCCAGGACGCAUCAUCAGUCGAUGAAAAUGCAGACAAUGAUAGUUCUGGUGAGGGACCGGCUCCCGGAUCGUCAUCGUUUUACCGGCCCUCCCACCCUACUGGUUCCAUACUUUCAACAUUCGAGGAUGCUUGCAAGACUUAUGAGUUUACGUGGAGAAUCCGAGAUGAAAGCGAGGCUUCAAGAAGAUAGAGGACUUUGGAAUGAUAUUACCGUAGAAAUAGUAUCAAAAAUAACAAUUGGAUGACCAGUAUCACUCCACAUUACUUAUAUGUUGUUGCCUGUGGCAGAGACCUCUCUAUGAUAGGGGUAACACAGAUAUCACUCAGACUCGGACAAUAUGUAAU